AUAUCCGCGGCUCUUAAGACGGUGUAACGGUGUAACCACCUACCUGCCUACUCUUUAGUAUAUGUACUGUAUAAUAAGAUAGCACAUAUAUAACAUUCGUCAUGGCGGACACCAUCAACGCGGAAAGAGACGACAAGCUCGCGGCGCUCAAUUCCGCUACACUGGGGGUUGAGAUGCCUCAAAUAACCCUGCCGGACGGGAGUAAAGUCCAGACAGGAACUGUCGGCGCUCUGCUCGUCAACAUCCGCGCAUACAACGAAGCGCACAGUACGGGGGGCCUGGAGAAAAAGACACAGCUAGAAGCUUUGAUGCGAGCGACGCUCCCGCUACUAGACAGAGUCGGCCUGUUCGAUCUCUUCCGACCAGAAGAAUGGAUUGCAGGGGACAACGAGGGCCGAAAAGCAGUAGGGAGGCUGUAUCAAGAGUUCAAAUUACAACAGCAGCAGCAGCAGUAGUAACUUGGUAGGAAGUACUAUUAACGCAACUGUAGAUUUUGUAUGAUGAGGAGUACAAAAACCGGAUGGUCUGUAGAUAUCAUCUCAUCAAAAGGGGGAAGACUCCC